CGCCGGCGCCGGGAACCGGGCUCGUGCUUCGCUUUCUUAGGAUUUAGGGAUUCGGUGUUCCGGUUGAUUAGGGUUUCGAAUAGUUCCCGGGGGGGGCUUGAUCGGUGUUAGGGUCGCCUGAUCGGAGCGAAACGCGACGGAUUUCGCUUCCGCGCUUUGAGUUUUCUCCGCUUGAAAGCAAUGCGCGAAGGCCGCUACCACGUCAGGUCCCGGACCCCGCCUCGCCGGAGAAGUGGUGGCCGCGAAUUCUCACCGCCUAGGCACCGACGGAGAAUCUCGCCGCCGCCGCCGCCGACCAGCCGCCGCAGACAUUCGCCGGCGCCUCGCCGCCGCCCGUAUUCUCCGGUGCCGCGCCGCGGGGAAUGUUCUCCGUUUCGUCAGCGUCGUCGCGGUGAUUCUGAAGAACGAAGGGAAUCGCAUUUGACGUAUGGCGCAAGUUCUAGGGAUUUCGCUUCGGCACAUGCUCAGAGAGACAGGUCGAAGGAGCGGUUGGACAGAGUCGGUGAGUUAUCUCUGCCUUUUCGCGGACGCCGGGAUUAUUCACCGCCUCGCCACCAUGUUGUCGCGGAGCACAUGCAGUCACAGACGCAUUCUCAGUUUGCAUCACGUUCUGCAGAUGUCCGUCGUGCUCAUGAUGAUAUGAGGAGGACGGGUGUAGUCUUGCCUGAAGAAAGACGUGUAAGUUUGCGUGAAGGAGGAUUAUACGAGGUUAAUCCGUUAGGAAGCGAUGAUAGGGGUGAGCAUCUGUCAACAACUAUGCGGUUGGAUGAGGGUUCUUCUUAUAGAAAUUCCACUUCGACGAAGUUCCAGUGGAAUCAUUUGUUGGAAGAGAAGCAAGGUAGCGUCAGUAUGAGUAGGGACAUGGUUAUUCCACACAUUAGGAGCACGGGUGCUGAUUACCUUACCAGUGCUUUUGGAACUGAUAGUCAAAGAUUUUACCUGGGCAAGGAGGUUUUGGAUAAGACGAUUGUUCCAAAACCCACUUUCCUUGAUGAUAAUGUAAAGGCUAGGGCUUUUCCAGGUUUUCUUGGUUCAAGCGUGAGACUUAGUGAUAGAUACCGGUACGCUGAUGGUAACUAUGCAGAGCCAUUGGCUAAAUUGGGUUUGGAUGACCCGAGAUCCAAUGCUAAGCUUCUGGGAAUAGAGUCAUCUAGUGCAGGUGAGAUAGGCAAGUACAGCUUGAACGGUGAUUCAGCUAAUGCAAUAUCAACUACUUGGACAAAAACAUAUUCUCCUUUGCCUGUACAUGUUCCAGAUGACUAUACUCUACCUGUUUCUUAUAAGAGUGUGACAAAAACAUUUUCUCCCUUGCCUGUACGUGUUCGAGAUGAUGACACUCUACCUUCUACUCAUAAAAAUGGCCAUCCAUUGCCUUCAGAAGGAUUUAGCUGGAGUCAUGGGACUGGUAACCGUGACUCAUUUGCUGAAGUGCCUCCUCUCCGGUCAUCUACAGGGUCUGAAUAUCCUUUGAAGGACUUAUUACACUAUAGCCGGACUCUUCAUGUUCCGGGGGAGGAUACAGUUGGAGUUAACAAGUACUUUGAAGGGCAAAGGAAGGAGAGGAGUGAUGUAGACAAUUUACCUGAUAAACUGUUUUAUGAAGAGAUGGAUAAUAUUAGAGAAACAUAUGGCCUGCAUGAUUCAUCCAAAGCUAGUCUAAUGCGUCUUGUUGAGGAUAAACAAGGUGGCUAUGAAAUACCUCGGGAGGAUUGUUUAACAGAAAGCUGGAAGUUGGACCAUCCUGAUGAUCCAACUGAAGCUUCAUAUAUGAGAGGGCGAGAUGAAUGCUUCGGUCCUGGAAGUAGUCAUGGUCAAUAUAGAAAAGAGACAUAUUUAGAUAGCAAAAGCCUGCAAUUGGGAGGAGAGGAUGCUUUUGGAAACAGUGACGAUCUUUGGGUGUAUAGAGAUGGUUUGAAGAACAUGCAGUUGCCAGAAUGUAAUGAUGGGUUGCACGAGAGAGAUUGGAGCCCACAACAUAGGGUUUCAGUUGAAGAGAUGGGUGCCAUAGGCCAGUCUGAAAGAUCUCUUAAAAGGAGGAAUAGUAUGGAUUUUGGAAUAAGGAGUCAUUACCUCGAAGGUGAUUUUUACCAAAAUCAGAAUGCCAGCCACAAGAUCUGGGACCCCCAUUAUGGCAAUGAAGAUUGGAGUGAUGAAGAUAGUCACUCGUACGAUAACUUUCAACUGGGGACGAUCAGAAGGACAUUUAAGGCGGAUGCUUGUGAGAGUGGUGUUUGUGAUGACUACUUGUCUUGUGAGCACCUCCCAGUACGUCUGCAAGGAAGAUUGAGGAAGCCGAUAAAGUUAAGAUCUAGAGACAUACAUAAGAGGUUGGGGCCACCUCAAAAAACUUGGUCGUCUGUUCCUCGGGCGAAAAGACAUUUCCACAGGAGAAAUCCUAAUGAUCACGAAAGUCAUGUUGUUGAAGGUGGUGAUUAUAUUGAGACACGAGUCGAUUUAUUGGAGGAUGACGUGGCAUAUGCCAAGGCAGAGCUGCCUGAGGACUCUAAAGAGUUUAAGCAGCUUGUGAACGACGCCUUUCUGAAGUAUUUCAAGUUUCUAAAUGAAACUUCAACCCAACGUAGAAAGUACACUGAUCAGAGAGGAUCUGGCCCAUUAAAAUGUGGUGUUUGUGGCAGCAACUCAAAGGAGUUUGGCAAUGCGCUAGCUUUGGUCAUGCAUGCAGUCAUGUCCAAAAAUGUUGGUUGUCGAGUGGAGCACUUGGGAUUUCACAAAGCACUGUGUGUGCUGCUGGGAUGGGAUAGUGCACCAGCAACUAAUGGUCCCUGGGCCUGGAAAAUGCUUCCACCCUCUCAAGCCUCUUCCUUGCGAGAGGACCUCAUCAUAUGGCCUCCAGUAGUUGUCAUUCAGAACAGUUCCAUAGCAAAUGCUUCUUCGGGAGACAGGGUGAUCAUCAGCAUUGAAGAUCUCCAGGCUGUUCUUCCAGACAUGGGAUUUGCUGUUGGAAUAAAGAAAGUCUCUCGGGGAAAGCCUGCAAAUCAGAGUAUCAUGGUGGUAUGUUACCAACCCACCUUGUCAGGUCUGCUGGAAGCUGAAAGGCUUCACCAGUACUUUGCUGAGAAUAAGCAUGGGAGAGCUGAGUUGGAGCAAAGGAGUUCUCCUAGCAGCAGGGGAAGCGGCCGAAGAACAGAAUCGAGUCUUGCAGAUAAAGUGGCGAGCGUUCUAUAUGGCUAUUUUGGAAUUGCAGAGGACCUCGAUAAGCUGGAUUUUGAGACCAAGAAGAGGAGCGUGGUUCGGAGCAAGAAGGAAAUGCAACAUUUCAUUGAUGCUGCAGUCGAAAAUCAAUGAUCGCAUCUUGUGGCUUUGUAAAUUUUCUCAUCCUUUUGGUGACUUGGUCACGUGCAUCUGAUUGUAUUUAUACAUGUCUGCAAGUAGAUAUCAUCUCCCUUUGGGGUUCUAUAGUCCGGCUAUAGGAUCAUCACGAGAAUAUGACCAAACUCCUCCUCUGAAUGGAAGGAAGAGCCUCUCUCUCUCUCUCUUUUUAUUUUUAUGUUUAAUAGGCUGCUUGCUUUAUAUC